CACUCAUAAUUUAGGGCGUUGAUGAACAAUGGCACGAAAGGCCACAAAUGAGAAUUGUUAGUGCUAUCAGGGAUCCUUGGGACAUAACCUUUACUCUAACCUUAACCCUUACCAUUUUACAUGUCAACUUCAAUUGGGGCAACGUCAAUGUCGUGACGUGCCAAGGAUCCCGAAUAGCUUUACGCCAAAUGAUAAUAGCAAGGCGUUUGUACUACCGUUAGCUAGCUGUCAACAGCAGUAGAUAGGAAGAGUUAGACUAACGUUUAUAUAGCUACAUUUUGAUUUUUAAAAAAAAAUGACAAUCGCGUGUUAAAUAUGCAAUAUCUCGUCACCAGAUGUGCAAGGUAUGACGCCUUUAUCUUGUUGUAUUUUCGCAAUAUGUUUUUAGCACGCGAGCUAACUGACGUUAGAUGUAACUGUUACUAUCAACGAAUAGCAUGCUAACUUUAGCUAGCUACAGUACCUAGCGCCAAAUCCAAUAAUUGGCAUCGUUUAAGACAUCACGAGUUACACUUAUAACCGGUUAACUCCUUACAUGCUGAAAUCCCCCAUAACUAGUUUUGAAAGCAGUUUCAAUGCACAGUUGGGAGUAGGCUAUAGUGCAUUAUCUGUGGUAUGCAUGUCAUCAGCACUGCACUCCUCGUAAAUAGCUUUGUUUUGGUUCUUUUUGACAACAACAGAUUCACCCUCUCCUUGGUAGGGCCAGGAGUUUUUCCUAGACUUGUCACUUGGUCAGGAAACUCUAUUGGUCCUUGGUAUUACAUAUGUUUUUCUGACAACCCAAAAAGUGCAUGACUUAUCCUACUACAACUCACCGAUUAUUAUUGUUUCAACAAGGGCAUUGAGGAUGUAUUAGCCUGAACUGGUGCCCAGCGUGACUGUUCUGUACUCCGAUAUCGAACAUAUUCCCAUCGGUGAAGUAAUUUAGUGCUCAUACAACCACAAAACAACCAUGGAUACCUACGUAGCCAUCCAUGGCAAGAACAUAUCCCACAAUCCCCUCUCCUCCUCCCAAGCCAUGUCUAUCGACAAGCUCUUCCCGGCUCUCCUGGAGUGUUUUGGGAUCAUCCUGUGUGGAUACAUCGCCGGUAGGACAGACAUAAUCACCUCCUGUCAAGCUAAAGGAUUAGGGAACUUUGUGUCUAAAUUCGCCCUCCCGGCGCUGCUCUUCAAGAACAUGGUUCUGUUGGACUUUAAUAACGUGAUCUGGUCGUUCCUGUGGAGUAUCCUGAUAGCCAAGGUGUCGGUGUUCGUCCUGGUGUGUGUUCUGACGCUAGCCGUGGCCAGUCCGGAAAGCAGGUACAGCAAGGCAGGACUCUACUCCAUCUUCGCUACGCAGAGCAACGACUUCGCCCUGGGGUAUCCCAUUGUGGACGCCCUGUACAGGAACACACAUCCAGAAUACCUGCAGUACAUCUACCUGGUGGCUCCUGUCUCCCUGAUGUUCCUCAAUCCCAUAGGAUUUGCCUUCUGUGAGGUCCAGAAGUGGAAGGACCACCCAGAGAGACAGCAGGGCAAGUUGCAGAUCGUCAGUGUGGUGCUGCUGCAGGUACUGAAGAACCCGAUAGUGUUCAUGGUGGUGGUCGGGAUCGUGUCCCACUUUGCCCUGGGCCAGAGGAUCCCUGCUGUGAUGGAGGAGUUUGUGGAUGGCCUGGCCAACUCCUUCGGAGGAGCAGCUCUCUUCUACCUGGGACUAUCUAUGGUGGGACAGGUGGGCAAACUCACCAGGUCUACUGGAGUAGCCCUUAUCCUGCUCAUCACUGCCAAACUGCUGGUGAUGCCUCUCAUCUGUAAGGACAUGGUGGACCUGCUGGACUCUACAGGUUCCAACAGCAGCAGUCUGAACCACUCCAGCCUGUCCAACUAUGCCUUUCUGUACGGGGUGUUCCCCCCUGCUCCCAGCGUAGCCAUCUACGCAUCACAGUACAACAUGGAGCUGGACGUGGUGACGUCAGGGAUGGUGAUCAGCACGUUCCUGUCUGCCCCCAUCAUGUACGUGUCAGCCUGGCUCCUGACCAUCCCCCUGAUGAACCCCAAGCCACUGGUCACUGAGCUGCAGAAUGUCAGCUUCAACAUCAGCAUCGUCAGCCUGGUCGCACUGGUGUGGACCAUCGCUGUCAUUCUCCUCAGUAAGAAGUUCAAGAGGCUCCCACACAUGUUUUCUAUGAACCUCUUCCUGGCACAGUUCCUAGUGUGUGUCGGGAUGAUCCUGUGGAACUUCGUAGUGAAGCAGGAGGACAUCUUGGGACAGGUGUUGACAUUCACACUGCUCUAUGGGUCACUCUACAGCACAUAUGUCUGGACUGGUCUCAUUCCUCUCUCUUUGGUUCUGACCAAGAAGGACAAUUUGCUGAGGAUUCCACCUUGGGUCUUCAUGGUCUUUGGCUGGGGCAUACCGUUCCUCAUCCUUGGAGGUCUGCUCCUGGCAGGAGAGAGGAUGCCUGAUACUAUAGACUCUGCCUUCUUCUAUGGCAGGGCUCAGAUCAUCAGUACUGCAGUAGUAGUUUCCUGCAGCAUCUUGGUAGGUGGUUUCUCUCUGAUGGGUCUCAGCCAGGGCACCAAGGAGAACCAGAACUACCAAGUCCUGGAGAGAGCCUCCAACACAGGUACUAUAGAGGACAUGAGGCCCCCUGGACACCAGGAGGACCAGAACUGCCAAGCCCUGGAGAGAGCCUCCAACACAGGUACUAUAGAGGACAUGAGGCCCCCUGGACGCCAGGAGGACCAGACCCCCCCACUGGAGCCCUCAGCACCAGAGACCAGCAACAACAGUGACUGUUGUAGCUGUACACAGCCCGUGCCCGACAUGAUCAACGGCGCCACCAGGAACGACACUCCCACGUCUCUAACAGGCCAGUGUGGGGCGCUGUGUGAAACCCAGCAGCAGCAGUGUAGUCCAACGGUCCAGGAUGACAGACAGCUGGUCAGACACGUCCUGUUGUGUCUACUCCUCAUAGUUUCCCUGCUGGCUAACCUGUCCAGUUGUCUAUGGUGGUUGUUCAACCAGGACCCUGGUAGACUGUACCUGGAGCUGCAGUUCUUCUGUGCUGUGGCCAACUAUGGACAGGGCUUCAUUUCGUUUGGUAUCUUUGGCCUGGACAGGCAUCUGAUCAUUCUGCCAUUCAAGAAGAGGUUAGUGAGCCUAUGGCAGGGCAGGGAGAGUGAGGAGGAGCCCCCCUCUGUGGUUCCAGAGGAGAUCAGGCUGACCUGCACUCAGUUUGUCCUCUAUCAUAAAGACCAGUGUGUUCAGGACAUAGUGCCCAUCAGAAGGUGUGAGGGAGACAGGGUUCAGAAGAGGGAGCGCUCCAGGGAGAGACCUGGUCAGGGGACUUAUCCUCCAUCCCAGGCCCAGACUCAGGCCACUUUCCUGGGCAGUGAUCUGGUGGACUGGCUGGUGAGGGUGGGUCUGGCCCGGGACAGGGGGGAAGCCCAGCUCUAUGGGGCUCAGCUCCAGCAAGGAGGGAUACUGCAACACCUCACACACCAGUUUGGCUUCAGGGACGACACCCUCCUACACUACCGCUUCACUGAGAGGAGCUGGACGCCACCGAUGGAGAGGAACAGCAUAUUGCCUCCUGUGGCCAUGUAAUGUUCCCAGAGAGAGAGGGAGGGAGGAGGAGGGGGGGGGAUUACUAUUCAGCAUUAUGCCUCCUGUGGCCAUGUAAUGUUCCCAGAG